GAAUCCCAUGUGAUCUAGCCCGUGCCGUCCCUCUGUCUCGGGCCAGACUGACGAAUCCCGUUAUAUGAAAGCAAGGUAGCCCACAGGCCGACGCGGCAGUGCAGGCAGGUAGAGAAAACACGAUUCCGUCGGAAAGGCGAUACACGUUGGUUGUUCUGUCCACCAGUGUGUUCGCUCCCUCGAGAAUACUGGUAGUACACGACGUGGCGACGCUCCUCGCAGUUUAGUGGUCCCAGAUGGCGUUCUCCUUCCGUCAACCGGUGAUGGUGGUGCACGACAAUGCCUCCAGCGCCAUCAGUCCGACGAACCGGGACCGACCUGAGGUUGAAGACGGCAGGGGCGGACAUGAACCGUGGCAUAGACCGAAGAAGCUGGUGCUCUGCUUCGAUGGGACGGGCAACAAGUUCCACGGAGACGACAGGGACAGCAACAUUCUCAAGAUAUUCCGUAUGCUCGACAGCUCGUCAGAUGACCAAUAUCAGUACUAUCAACCCGGCAUUGGCACCUACGUCGUGUCGGAGAGCCUCUCCCACACGGGCGUGAAAGCCAAGGUCACAUCGUGGUAUCAGAUGGCAAAAGAUUCGGCCAUCGGCUCGUCGUUCGACCAGCACGUGGUAGGAGGGUACCGAUUCCUGAUGAAAUACUGCUCCCCAGGCGACGAGAUUUACAUGUUUGGCUUCUCCCGCGGAGCGUACGUGGCACGGUUCCUGGCGGAGAUGCUAGAUCACGUCGGGCUACUGGCGCACGGCAACGAGGAGAUGGUCAUCUUCGCGUGGAACGCGUUUUCGCAGUGGCAGUGCCGGAGGUCUAACUCGACGCCCAAGGGCAAAAAGGAGAGGGAGAAGAUGUGGACGUUCCUCAAGGGGUUCCGAGAAACAUUUUCCCGGCCGACCAAGCGGGUGCGGUUCCUGGGCCUGUUCGACACGGUCAACAGCGUGCCGCGGUUUGAGACGGCGUGGAUGCAGCGGAGCAAGUUUCCCUUCACAGCGCGUAGUUCGGCCAAGGUGGUCCGCCACGCGGUCAGCAUCGACGAGCGAAGGGCCAAGUUCCGACAGGACCUCAUGUACCAGCAGCCGGGAAGAAACAGGAGGAGGCAUCAUGCGAUGCAGGGCUUGAUCGACCUCUCGCCCUUGAACGAGGCGAUCCAGGGGCUGCACGAGAGGUACCGACCACAUUGGCGGAUGGGCGGCCCAACGGCGGAGGCGAGCGCGCGAGCGGAUGGCAGAGGCAGGGACACGGUCCGGCCCGAACAAGACGGCGAGGACCGGCCAGCGCCCUACAGGAGGCAUUCGAGGUCCAGAUCGAGGGCGACGAGCCGGCGGGCGGGGAACGAGCCGGUGGAUCACGUCUCGAUGCACUCGAGGAUGCCGCUGUCCGAACUCGGGUACGAUUCGGACGAGGAAGACCAGGACAUCGACGAGGUGUGGUUCGCGGGAGGUCACGGGGACAUUGGCGGAGGCUGGGACGUGGAGGCGGGCAAGAAGAAUGCGAGUCACAUUCCGCUGGUAUGGAUGGUGCGCGAGGCCAUGCGGGCGGGCCUCCGGUUCGACAUUGACCAGCUGGAGGAAAUUGGCUGCAUCGCACGUAGCGAAAUGGAUGUGGACGGGGACGCGGACGUGGACGCGGACCUGCGGGUGAGAGAAGGGCCGGGGCGUAGCGUGCCGGAGAUUCACGUGGACGCACCGUCGCCAGGCAGCUCGCCAGGAGGCGAGGCGAACCAGAAGAGCACGGAGGAUGAGAAGGGCAACGGCGAUAUCGACAAGGACAACGACAACGACAACGACAACAGGGAGUAUGGUGACGGGGAUGACGAGAAACAGGAGACCCAGGGAUACGGGCAGAAGGCCAAGGAAGCGUUCGAGGAAAUGCUGUUCAGGACACACCUAGCAGACAUCCACGACUCGCUCGGGUACGGCAAAGGACUGCCUCACGUAUCCGUGUUCGUGUGGCGGCUGAUGGAGUGGAUGCCGUUCCGGCGGCUUGACUUGCAAGCGGACGGGACGUGGAAGCCCAUCCGGUGGCCGCUCCCGCGAGGUGAGGUACGAGAUAUCCCGGACGACGUACGGGUACACGGCAGCGUGAUCCGGCGGAUGCAGCAUGAUCCCAAAUACCGGCCAGGGAACCUGAUCAUCGGGGGCGGUGGGAGGGGCGUCAGGGUGGCACCGCCAGAGUACGGGAUGGGAGAAUGGAUCUGCGUGCGAGGGCAUGGCCAUCCAAUCGAGGAAGUCUGGGUGCGAAAACCCAAGGCGAAGACGGACGAGUCGUCGAGCGGAAAGUGAGACAUUCGGACUGAUUCGGUAUGGUGGUUGGUUGUUGUGUUGUGGAUGGUGACGAGUUUGGAGACAAAAGACAAACGGCAAAGGGCGGUGAGAAAAGGAGGAAUGACGUGUGCGAAUUCUCUUACCGGGGC